AUGGAUAUACCCAGUUCUUCUCAUAGAAAACAAAACACAGUGGUGCAACUGGUGUCGACCGAAUGUUAUGAAGAAGACUCAAGGAAACACGAAUUGUUCCAUAAGCAAAUGGAAGACGAGUCAAAGCAAUGGGAGUUAGAUGUAGGUAUACUUAUUGAAGAAGAAGCUCAAGCUAAGCAAGAGCUAGAACAGUUUGAGAUAGGGCAAUACGAAUUGGAAAUGAUGUUAAAUGACUUGACAAUUACAGGUAUCCAGAUACGGUUAUAA